AGAAGCGUCUUCUCAGGCUCUGGGUGUGACCAAGACCGCGUUCCCCGCGGAAAUCAAGGUCCGAGUCAUCCCUGUGGGGCAUUCGCUCGCCCAAGUGCGGUUGGCCUCUUUCCAGAAGCCAGUUUUGUUUGUUUUAUGUCUAAAUUCGCGCCGGUUCUUAUUUCUCUCCCUGGCAAGGUCUGAAGACGGGCAGAAGAAUAACCCGUAUCAGCGUGUUAUGAUGCCGUCCCGUACCAACUUGGCUACUGGAAUCCCCAGUAGUAAAGUGAAAUAUUCAAGGCUCUCCAGCACAGACGAUGGCUACAUUGACCUUCAGUUUAAGAAAAGCCCUCCAAAGAUCCCUUAUAAGGCCAUUGCACUUGCCACUGUGCUGUUUUUGAUUGGCGCCUUUCUCAUUAUUAUAGGCUCCCUCCUGCUCUCAGGCUACAUCAGCAAAGGGGGGGCAGACCGGGCCGUUCCAGUCCUGAUCAUUGGCAUUCUGGUGUUCCUACCCGGAUUUUACCACCUGCGCAUCGCUUACUAUGCAUCCAAAGGCUACCGCGGUUACUCCUAUGAUGACAUUCCAGACUUUGAUGACUAGCACGUACCUCAUAUCUGAGGAGAAGAGUCACAGUGGGACUGCCCCAGCUUUAAGAUACUGAGCAGAAACUCUAGAUAAGGGCUAAAGAAUUCUGCAUCUUGCAGAUGUUUAAGUAAACAAUGGCCAGAUUUUAUGGGUUCUUCCCAAAGAUGUUAACUGAGCCUACAGUUAGCUAGUUAGGACAUGACCUGCUCUGUUUCUCAUCCCUUGGCCCUGGCAAGAGCUCCUGACAAGUUUUUCCACAGGAAUAUUAUCAUGGAAGAAUAGAGGUUAUUCUGUAGUGGAAAGUAUUGCCUGUCACUGCCCUCGGUAGAGCUGAGCAUUUCUUUUAAAUAGUCUUCAUUGCCAAUUUGUUUCUGUAGCAAAUGGAAGAAUGUAGUAUGGCUAAUUUCUUACUACUAAGUAAUUUAUUUUUAAAAUAUCUGAGUAUCUUGGUUGGGCGCAGUAGCUCAUGCCUAUAAUCCCAGCACUUUGGGAGGCCAAGAUGGGCAGAUCAUAAGGUCGAGAGUUUGAGACCAGCCUGACCAACAUAGUGAAACCCCAUCUCUACUAAAAAUACAAAAAAAUUAGCUGGGCAUGUUGGUGCACACCUGUAAUCCCAGCUACUCGGGAGGGUGAGGCAGGAGAAUUGUUUGAACCCAGGAGGUGGAGGUUGCAGUCAGCCGAGAUCGCACCACUGCACUCCAUCCUGGGCAACAGAGCAAGACUCCAUCUCAAAAAAAAAAAAAAGUUGGAGUAUCUUAUCCUCUACACUUACCCCUACCUUCAUGUUCCAGUGGAAGACCUUGGUAAAAAUCAAAGAUUAGUGAAUUCAGUAAUAUUUGUUUUAUUUGCUUUCUUAUUGACAGCAGCCAGGAAUGUUUUAGCCUGCACAGCAAGUUUUCAAAAUGUAAAUACUUUCUCUGUUUAAUAGUCCUUGGCCCAUUCUGAUCCAGUUCACCAGUAGGUUGGACAGCAUAUAAUUGGGGUCAUUUUGUCCCUUCUAAAUCAAAAUGUUCUGUAGAUGAUUCCUUUAAGGGCAGGACUUUUGGCUGUUCCUAGUGAAACAUGUAGAUAAGCAUUUAUUAGUUAGAGUUUAUAGCCCUGUUGCUAGCACCUUGUAUUAUGUCAUUAUUCUGGUCAUGAUUGCAAGGCUCUGCCUGGAUGCCUGGAGCACUGGAUUGCCUUAGUUUGAUUCUGUUUUUUAGCUUGCAAAAAGUUACUUAUAUUCCAAAGAAAUUAAAAUGUUGAAAUCCAAGUCCUAGAGUUAAAAUGAGUUAACUU